AUGGCCCCAAGGAUUUCAAGAGUGAUGCUUAGUUAUUAUCAGAUUGAUUUGAAACUACAGAACUUAAGAACAAGAGGAUCCUCAAUUGGGUCUACUGGAAUUCUUGGAGAAGAGGAAGGAAAGAGCAACAACUCCCUCGAGCCAAUGGAGAAAAAGAGAGGAGGAUUCACCGCCUCCAUCUUCAUUUUCGUGUUGCUGGCAUUGGAUAACAUGGGGUUUGUUGCAAACAUGGUGAGCAUGGUUCUCUACUUCUUGGGACCGAUGCACUUCAAUCUGGCCACAGCUGCCAACACUCUCACUAACUUCAUGGGAACAAACUUUUUGCUCUCCCUCCUCGGAGGCUUCAUUUCCGAUACUUACCUGAGCAGAUACACUACAUGUUUGAUUUUCGGUUCGAUUCAAAUUGUGGGUUUGUCCAUGAUGACAAUUCAAGCUUAUUCAAAGGCAUUGCAGCCAAAAUUUUGUGGCCUUGACAAGCCAAGUUGUAUGGAAGGCGGUAUCGGGUUCUAUUUUUAUGUAUCCUUGUACUUGUGGGCAUUAGGUUCAGGUGGUGUGAAGGGAGCUCUGCCGGCACUUGGUGGUGACCAGUUUGGUCACAAGGAUGAAGCAAAGAAGCUAGCAACCUUUUUUAAUUUGUUCUUGCUCAGUUCUACUCUUGGAGCAACUAUUGGAGUCACUGUUGUUGUGUGGGUUAGCACGACCAAGGCUUGGUAUUGGGGUUUCUUCAUAUCAACAAUGGGAUCUCUUAUUGGUUUUAUUGUUCUUGCACUGGGAAGGCCUUUCUACCGCCUCCAAGUCCCCCGUGAGAGUCCCCUCAUCCGUGUCUUUCAGGUUAUAGUAUUGGCAAUAAAAAACAGAAGCCUAUCACUGCCAGGGAGCUCUGCAGAACUAUAUGAGAUCAGUGAAAAAGAAUCAGCUUUUACUAACGAGAAAAUUUCACACACAGAACAAUUCAGCUUUCUAGACAAAGCUGCCAUACUAGGGAAAGACACCAAGGCCGAGCCAUGGAAGGUUUGCACAGUUACACAAGUGGAAGAAGUUAAGGUCCUAACAAGAAUGCUUCCCAUUCUGUUGAGCACCAUCAUAAUGAACACUUGCUUGGCACAGCUCCAAACUUUCUCAGUCCAACAAGGAAACAGAUCCAUGAACCGUAAAUUGGGAAAUUUUGAAGUGCCCGCCCCAUCAAUCCCUGUCAUCCCCCUUAUUUUCAUGUGCGUACUCAUUCCCCUCUACGAGUACUUCUUCGUGCCCUUUGCUAGGAAAAUCACCGGACACCCUGCAGGAAUCACACAGCUCCAAAGAGUUGGUAUUGGACUAGUUCUCUCAGCAGUUUCAAUGGCGGUGGCUGGCAUCGUUGAAGUGAAAAGAAGGAACUAUGCAUUGGCACAUAGCCCAUUAGCGCCCGGCGGCAUUAGUCUCUUUUGGCUUUCCUUCCAGUAUGCCAUCUUUGGAAUAGCAGACAUGUUCACUCUAGUUGGACUACUAGAGUUUUUCUACAGGGAAGCACCAGCAGGCAUGAAAUCGCUUUCGACUUCAUUCACAUGGCUGUCACUCUCUUUCGGGUACUUCUUGAGUUCGAUCUUUGUGAGUAUCAUAAACGCUGUGACAGCAAAAAUUGCUCCAAGCAAAUUGGGUUGGUUACAUGGAAUAGACAUCAACCAGAACAAUGUGAACCUCUUUUACUUUUUCUUGGCCAUCCUCAGCUGCCUUAACUUUGCAAACUAUCUGUACUGGGCUUCAUGGUACAAGUACAAGCCAGAAGAGCCUGAAACCAAGGUGCAACUGAAGGAAGUUGACAAACCUCUUGUUAUUGAACAUGAAAAUGGAAGUAAUAAGGUUACUGCAAAAGAAGUCUCCUCUGUUCAAACAGAAGAGAACAAAGAAAAGGUGGCAAGUUUAUGAAGAAGAUAGAUACAUUAACCAAAGCGUUUAAGGGGAGGAAGCUCACUCAGGAAAAGUGAGAUGGGGAGUGAUAAAUAGUUUAAACCAAUGAAGCUACUGAUUGAGCUUGAAAAUGGUAGAAUCAUAGAUAACGGGUGGCAGUCUCUCUUUUUAUCUUAAGUUUGUGUGUUUUGGAAUUUUGGGUUUGGGGCAAGCUGUUUUGAGAAUGUGUGAAGGGUUCUGAGUUGAUUGUGUCCAUCUUCUAUCAUACAAAUGUAUUGAAAAUUUUCUUAUGUUUAAUAAAAACAUAUUUCUCCAAGU